CAGCCCACCGCAGAUCAUGAAUACACCGAUUGUUAAAUGGAUCCUCUCAUAAAUAGCAAGAUGUUGCUUAACCGUGCCUGAUUCAGUAAUCAUGGCUGCAAAUGAAAAUGAGUACAUGGCUUUUCAGAGGUAUCUCCAUCACUGCUGUAAAUAAGUUUACUUCUGUGUCACUUCUAUGCUAUUUAUGUGGGAGCCAUAGAACAUCUUUAAAAGACUGUCACAAAUUUUGUAUGUGUUGUCUAUUUUUAGAACACACAAGAAUAGUUAUUUCAAACCCCAGCAAAUGUCUGAUGAGAAUCAAAAACAUACUUGUUUGAGUCAGAAUUUUAAUAUGUUGGAGGUUUCAAAACAGGGGUGUGGAGUUUUCAAAAGACGCUGUCCUCAUUGGAUACUGGACACUGAACAUAAUUAUGGUUAUGCCGUGAAAAAAAUGUAUGUUAAAGAGAAGAAAGGAAAAGAUGAAAAUCAGGUUAUCAUUGUUUCUUCACAAAAUACACAUGCAAGUGUGUUAUCUACCUCAAAGCAAAUCCAUAUAAGCCCAGCUUUAUCUGAAGAGGAGGAAUCAAGCAGUACAUUUCCCCUGGGAGACAUUAAGAAUUUUUGGGGGGAAUUUAACUCCCAGAAUUUCAGGCAAUCCGAGAUCGAUGAUUCGCCUCAGAGUUCACCAGUACCUCCAUAUGAAGGAUUUAGCUCCCGCCUUUUCUUUGAAUUUUCACAGAUAAUUCAGUCUCAGCAGUUUCAGCUGUUAGAAGUCAUUCAGCAGCAUUUAAAUAGUGAGGAACAGUCAAUGCAGGAACAAUGGAAAGCUUGGGUUGACCGUGUUGUAGAGCAAAGGGCAAGUGAAGGCUCACCUUCUGGCCAACUUUGUCUGAGAGAAGCAUCCUGUCCUUAUGGAAAUCAGACUGUUCAUCUUAGAAAAGGAAGCACUCCCACCCAAGACAGUCCACCAUCUUUACCAAUCAAUAUCAUGCACUUAGAUGGAGAUCCUGAUUUAACUGUUGUUGAUGAUGGUGCAGCUAGCAGCACUGAAGUGAAUUUACGGCCAUCUAACCCACCUGAUGAUGUUAACCUUAUGUCAAGUGAAUUACAGAGCCUAGUUAGACGUGCAUCAGAAUUUGCUGGCAUUGUGGUUUCAGAUGGAACUGGACCAGAAAUGGUGCCAGAAUUUGAAAGUCUGGUCCAGAGCACUUGGUCACACCCUGCAAGUGCAAGGCCAUUUCGAGAUGUGCAUUCUAAACUGUACCUAAUAAGUGAAAACCAGGGCCAUCUGUACUUUCAAAUGCCUCCACUGAGCAGGCUUGUUCCUAGCACGUUUCAGACAAGAGAACUAAAGGACAAUGAUAAAUCUAAUAAGAAAUUUAAAGGCAUAGAAAAUCUUGCAGAAAAAGUCUACCAGACAGGGGCCAUGCUGGUCAGGGUCACAAACUACCUUCGGUAUCUCUCCGAUUACCAGGAAAGGCUCCUUUGUGAGCUCACAGAGGAGACCACGGUGCCACGUUCUCAAGCAAUCCUUUCUGAACUCCAGCUUAUCGGGAAGUUUACUUUUCAGUUGUCUUGCCAUCAGGCCGAGUUGUCUGGCCGAGCUAUGGCAUUUUCUGUUGCCAUUCGAAGACAUGUUUGGGUGCAUAAAACAAGAAACAAGAAGCAAUGUAAGAUCACUUUAGCAGACUGGCCAUUUAUGAUUGACAAAGAGGCUGAAAUUUAGAUUUAUCAGAGUAAAAAGUUUCAAAUGAAUGCAAAAAUCAUGCCAUCUGCUGUAUGAAAAGUUAAGGCUGUUACCGGUCAGUUAGUUAAAGUCAUUCCAAAUGUCAUUUCACUGUUAAGAUUUAUAUGACUAUUAUAGGAAUGGCCAAUUUGUAAAUUGUUGCAAAAAUGUUCUUUGGGGCAAAUUUUAUAUUUAAGGAGACAUUAUUGGCUUGCAGUUGACCAGUUUGAGAAGUAUAAUUUCAAUAUUCUAUAAUAAACCAAGGAUUGUUUGUUAAUGAUUCAAGUAAUACAUUUAUGCUGU